AUGCCGCCGCUGGCCAGUAAGCGUCCCGUCGGUCGCCCUCGCAAGACCUGGGCCGUUAAGGACUCAUCUGCGUCCAAGAGGCACACCAAGGUCCGGGUCCAAGAGGUUUCCGACGAUCAGCAGGUGGGACACAUAACCCUCGCAGAGCCCGCCCACACGCUAUCUGAGCUCGGCGAACGUGUCAACGACCUCGGGGACUCGUGGGAAACCGAGUCGCUCUUUGAGGACAUCAUCGAGGCUGAGGAAGUCUCAUUUGACGAUGUCGACGCCUGCACACCGGAGCAAGCAGUCCGCUACCGCCAGCAACUGCGUGCAAUUGGACCCGAGGGAUUAUGCAAGGCCAACAUAGACACCGGCAAGAUCACAGCCAAGAAGCUGCUCACUGCCUUUGGAAUCCGACCGCCCGGCUUUCUUGAGGGCAUGCCCGACGAGUCGUAUUACGCACUGCUCACCCUGGCCAUGUCGCGUGAGCUGGCCAAGCGCGCCAAACUCACCAAGUACAACACCAUCGACGACGCCGUCGGCUUGAUGAAGAGCUCGCGCAACAUCGUCGUGCUCACGGGUGCCGGCAUUUCCACGUCGCUCGGGAUUCCCGACUUCCGCUCCAAGGAGACGGGCCUGUACUCUCAAUUGGAGAAGCUCGGGCUGGGCAUCAGCGACCCGCAGGAGGUCUUCAACAUCGACAUCUUCCGCGACGACCCGACCAUCUUCUACUCGGUCGCCAAGGACAUCCUACCCGCGACCAAGCGCUUCUCGCCCACGCACGCCUUCAUCGCGCUGCUGCAGAACAAGGGCAAGCUGCUCACCAAUUACUCGCAGAACAUCGACAACAUCGAGGCGAACGCGGGCAUCCUGCCCGAGAAGCUGGUGCAGUGCCACGGCUCCUUCGCCACGGCCUCGUGUCAGAAGUGUCACUACAAAGUGCCGGGCGACGCCAUAUUCGCUGACGUCAAAGCCGGCAAAAUCCCGCGAUGUGAAAAGUGCAUCACCGCCGUCCGCACUAAGAAGGCGCAACCGAAACUGAAGCGCAAGAGAUCCAGCAACGGCACCUCGCGCAAGACCCGCCGCCUCGAGGACUGGGAAGAAGACGACGACGACGAGGACGACGGGCAGUACGACAUCCCCUCGACGGGCGUGAUGAAGCCCGACAUCACGUUCUUCGGCGAGGCGCUGCCGGACGAGUUCGAGAAGCGGCUGGUGAAGCACGACCGCGACGCCGUGGACCUGGUCAUUGUCAUCGGCACGUCGCUCAAGGUGGCGCCCGUGUCCGAGGUGGUGCCGUACCUGCCGGCGCACAUCCCGCAGAUCUACAUCUCGCGCACGCCCGUCAGCCACAUCAACUUCGACAUCGACCUGCUGGGCGACUGCGACGUCAUCGUGGCCGAGCUGUGCCGCCGCGCCGGCUGGGACCUUAAUCACGAGAUGGUGCCGCCGAACCAGAAGGUCCACAUCAAGCUCGAGGAGGGCUACACGAGUCGCCAUAUCUUCAAGGCGAAGGCGGACAAGGCGGGUGAGACGCGGUCGCGGUCGGUGGCGAGCAGCGCGACCUUGCGCUGA